GCGCAUGCGCACUACGGACCGAAGCGAGAAACGGACACGGGGAUCGAGCUUCCGCACCGUCCAAACAGCUGGAACAGAACCGGGGGAAAAAACGUUACCACUGCAGGGUCUGACGACCUCGAGCCCACCGGGCCCUUGUAGACCUUCACCGGGAGGACGGCGGUGCGCCGGCGGGAGCUGCGUGUCUGUCCGCCUGCAGACGGUUUGGAUGUGACACGACUGAGAGGACGACAUGAUGUCCCCCUGGUGGACCCGUUCGUCCGCCUUGUUGGUCCUGAUCCUGGUUCUGACCCGCUCAGUGGCAGCUGCCCGCUCUGACAGAAACAUAGUGUCAGAGGAGUAUGUGGGCGCCACGGUAAACGCCACGGUGAUGGACGGGCGGGGAAACGUUCUCCACAUGAUGAGCAGCGAUGAGGGGACGUAUGGACAGAACUCGCCUAAGGUGGACACCAGGGGAGUGGUCAUCACACCUGCCCAGCACCACGGAGUGGCGGACCGGCAGGGCUGUGACCCCGGCACCCGUUUCCUGGUCCCUCCUCGGAACGCCCACUGGGUGGCGCUGCUGCAGAGAGGAAACUGCACCUUUAGGGAGAAGAUUCUGAAGGCAGCCGCCUACAACGCCACAGCAGUCCUCAUUUACAACAACUCCACCGACAAGACGGUCAAGAUGGGACACGAAGGUACUGGUGACACAGUGGCCGUGAUGAUCACAGAGGCGUAUGGUAAAGAAAUCCUGGCACACCUGGAGAGGAACCUGACGGUCGUGGUCUCUGUGGUGGUGGGUCAACGUGGUCCCACCAAAAACAUCAACCGAGGAUCUCUGGUGUUCGUCUCCAUCUCCUUCAUCGUCCUGAUGAUAAUUUCCUCAGCCUGGCUCAUUUUCUAUUUCAUCCAGAAGAUCCGCUACACCAGUGCCCGUGACCGCAGCCAGCGUCGUCUUGGUGAUGCAGCGAAGAAAGCCAUUGGGAAAUUGACAACUAGGACGGUCAAGAAAGGAGACAAGGAAACCGAUCCGGACUUCAACCACUGUGCGGUGUGCAUUGAAGCGUACCAGCUAAACGAUGUGGUUCGCAUUCUGCCCUGCAAACAUGUCUUCCAUAAGGUGUGUGUGGACCCCUGGCUGAACGAACACUGCACCUGUCCCAUGUGCAAACUCAACAUCCUUAAAGCUCUUGGCAUCAUGACCACCCUCCCAUGCGUGGACAGCGUGGUGUUGGAUGUGGAGCGCCUGGGUGUCGGUCAGGCGUCUGGAGGCCAAAGGGUGUCGCUGGGCGAAAGCAACCAGCCGUCCAUUAGCCUAGAGCCGCUCAGCCUCCCCCACUCUGAGGCCACUCCCAGAACACCUGCAGACAUCACCAUCGCUGUGACCAGUGGUGGUCACUUUUUCAACAGGAACUCAAUGUCCCCUCGCAGUUUGGUCUGCGAGAUGGAGUUACCAGACAUCCAGGCCUCGCUAGACCUCUGUGAUGAUAACAAGUCCUGAGGCCCAUCCUAAUUGUUACCACCUCCCUCCACUACCCCUCCACCUGCUGAUGGACGGACAGCCUUUCAUGGGCACAGGUUGUGGGUUUCGCGUGAGGGACGGCGGGGGUAUUGUGUGGAGGGAGAGAGGACGCGUUCCGAUAUAGACUACCUGGACGCACUUUAUACCAUCAAUAAUCACAUUUUCUUUCCAAGUCACCAUGGACUCUAGACUUUCAAGGACACUUCAUCAAAGUGCUUUUCUGUUUAACCUUGAAAGGUUUCUGAGCAAACCUGAAAGUUUGAUGGUCCCUAGAAAACUCACAUGAAUCUGAAAGAAGGUAUUGCGUUCUUAAAAAUGAUCUUCUCUAUCUCUGGAAAAGUCCCUAAAAGGUUUGUCUAAGAACUUUUUUACUUCUUGAAAUGGUCCAGAGGCCCCAAAAAGGUUUCUUAAAGUUCCCAUGCUCCCGGAAACAAAUCGUUCUUAGUUUUAUUUGGUUCCUGGAAAGGUUUGUAUGCACAGUCCUCAGUUCUCAGUCCUUUCCUGUACAAGUUCCCUAUGCACCUAAAAAUGAAGAUCCCAAAAAAUUCAUUGGAUUUAAAUACUAUUCUUGGAAAGGUUAUUUCAGAUUCUAAGGAGCUUGUUUGGUUCCCUUGAGUGCUCAAAAGGUUCAUGAGGUCUUAAACAUGUAUUUUAGAACAAGGUUCUGUAGGUUCCUGGAAAUGUUCCUCAGAUCUUAAAUAAGUUUAAAAUGUUUCUUAUUUUCUUAAGUUAAAAAAAGAUACUGGCUGA